CCGAAACCCCGGGCGCGGAGCAAGAAGGCGAAGAAGAAGCGACAUAAGCGUCGUCGACCAUUGGAGCGUGUGGCUGGUAGAGCCAACGAGCGCAUUCGCAGCAGUGCGGACAAUGAUAGUUCUACUGAGGUCAGUCCUUGGCAGCCCAAUACUGCAAGUUCGCCGUCUGAAGUGUCGUCUGGAGAUGACGACUGUUGGGACAUUAUGUCGGACUCUGAUAUCUCGAAUGAUGAGAACAUAGCAUGGCCCACUAUGGAAUUAUCGUCCGUUGAAGCUAGCGUCUCUGAGGCGUACAACUCCAACGGCUCGGAAGGAUGCAAGCGACGACAGCAGUGA